CUCCAUGCAUUAAACUCAAACCACACAAAUUCCUCUCUAAAUAUGAAGUUCCUUUCAGCUGCAAUUUGCCUGCUCCUCCUCAUUUUUGGCACUGGUAUGGCGCCAAUGGUUGCAGAGGCCAGGCUUUGCGAAUCUCCGAGCCGCAACUUCAAGGGGCUAUGCUUUAGUACCAACAACUGUGGCCAUAUUUGCAGGGCAGAGGGCUUUAAUGAUGGCGCUUGCCAGGGCUUCCGCCUUCGUUGUAUAUGCUCAAAGCACUGUGUUUGAUAUCUCAUUCAUCAACACUAUCCACACAUCUUCAACUAAUUCUCUAUUUACUUUCCAACUUGUAUCAAUAAAGUGGCCUUUGUCUUUGGCCCCUCUUUCCUUCCUUCCUUUUCUUGUGUUUUUGCUUUAAUGUUGUGUUAGCUCUUUUAAUUACAUUGUGGUUUCGAAUUUUGGUUUAUGCAAUAAUAUUAGUAGUGUUGUUUGUGUUA